GCAGAAUACUCUGCUCUCCUCAAGUCUUCUUGCCACUUUAUUUUUCUGAUGAAGAAUGGAGCAUUUGGAGCUAGGAUGGAUGCUCCUCUACCUCAUUACAAUGGCUGCAUCCACACCCUUCAUAGAUGCUAAGUGCAACUGUGUGACUGAUUACUGGGACUCGCUUUCCUGUGUGCUGAACAUCACUGGUACAAGAGAUUCCAGCCCCUACACUCUGAUCUUCAGUGGUAACUGUUCAGAGAAAAAGAGUGAGUUCACGUGUGAGUUGGUGCAGACCCACGGUGAAUACAGAUGUGCUCGGAAAAUCCCCAGAGACUGCAUGUUCAUUGAGACUCUUCUCACCAUCGAUCUCCAGCACAAUUUGUCCAAAUUCCCAGUGCAGCCCAAAUUUGAGCCUGCACAAUGCAUACAAACUCGUGCCCCUUAUGCCCCAGUCGUGACACAGACAGCAAACCUGUGGAACAUCACUUGGACCACUAACUACGAGGGCCAUAUGUAUCUGAAAGACUAUCUGGAUUUUGAGCUGCUCCUCCAGGGCAAACUCCUCAGCUCACGCCGAACACCUUAUCUAUGUGUGGAAAAGACCAAACUCCAGUCUAGUUCAUUGCUGUGUGCCCGUGUGCGUUCCAAGCCUUCGCCUGAGGACUACGGAUGGGUGUGGAGUGAAUGGAGCAAUGAAACCUGCUGGAAAACAGAUUUAAACACUGGGCAGAACGGUAGCACACUUGUGAUUUGGAAAUGUUUGGGAGCACUGUGUGCCCUGCUCCUCACUAUUCUUUCCAUCUCCACAUUAAGGUACUACAUGAAGACGAUGAAAGCUCAAAUACCAUCACCUGCCCCUUUUUUCCAGACUCUUUUUCAUCAGUAUGAUGGACAUCUAAAGGAUUGGAUCUCUGCUCAUCGUAGUUUUGUGCUUGAGGACAAAUUGACCACUGACAUUGUGAUUAUUGAGUUCAUUUCGAAGAAGCCAGAGGAGCUCCAGGACUUCCAAAGCACAUCAUAUCCCUUGGAUGUGGUCCGGAAUGACAGCUCUUAUGUGGGCAUAGCCGAUUUUGAGUCCCCAGCACUUUUAACUGCCCUGUGCCCAAACUCCAGCACAUCCUAUACCCAGUUUCCAGCUUUCUUGUGGGGAGAGUCCAGACCUGUUGAGGCAGAUGAGGCACUAAAGCCCUCUUUAUAG